AUGGAGCCCGCGGGCACGAUCGUCUUCGCGUCCGUCGGCGUCACCAACUUCGGCUUCGACGUCUUCUCCGUCGCCGUCCCUGAGCCCGCGUCCGCCGAUGCCGAGGCCAGUGUCUCCGCAGUGGAGCUCGACGAGCGGCGCCACACGGACGGCGUCUCCGUCAACUUCAACGCCCAGUUCGCGGACAACGACGGCGACGCGGUCGCGUUCGUGUCCGAGCGGACGGGGGCAGCGAGCCUGUUCCUCUCCAGGCCGGGGUCCGAGCGCCCGGAGCCGCUCCUGGCCACGGAGGGCAGCCUGUUCCACGACCGCCCCACGGUGCGAGGCGGCCGGGUGUACUUCGUCUCCGCGCACGAGAAGCCGGACCGGCCGUUCCAGAGCUGGGCCGCCGUGUACGCGGCGCGUGUGGGCGCGGACGGCAAGGAGGGGAAGCCCGAGAGGCUCACCCCGCGCGGCGUCGUGGACAUGAGCCCCGCCGUGUCUGCCUCGGGCGACCUCGUCGCCGUGGCGUCGUACGGCGACCGUCCCUGGGCGUUCGACUUCCGGGUCCUGGAAACGGAGGUGGCCGUGUUCCGCGUGGCCGACCCGUCCCGCCCCGCCGCCGUCGUGGCACCGCUGGGCGGGUGGCCCGCGGCACGGGCGCGACGGCUUCUUCUUCCACCACGUCAUGGGACGACGGUGGUGGGCGUCUUCAGCGUGUCGUCUCCCGGACACGCUCCAGCCCACGGGCCCGAAGCGCGCGUCACCCAUUGGCCUGCUGCGCUUCACCACCCACCGCACCCGCCGCCCUCGGCGGCGGCGGCGGUGGAUCACGGUCGCCACGCUGGCGGAAGGGCCGGGCGCAGCCAGCCACGCCGAGACGGGCGCUUCUCCCGCCAGCCAGCCGUUCGUGAAUCUAGUGACCGGAGAGAGCGGAGCGCUUCUCCCGCCUUACGGAGCUCCUCAAUAUAA